AUGCCCGCUUCCUCUCAAAAACUUCCCAAUCACCAGAACCAGCAUCUCUCGCAAUCCAAGGAUGAUUUAGGCAGGCACCUGCGCUCCGCUUCCCCUGCUGUUAAGAGGCCGGCGUCUGAUAUGGGGGCCCAGGAUAGAGAGUCCUACAACAGUGACGUAGAAAUGGGCGAAGGGCAGUUGCCGCGCUCUGGGCCUGGGCUCACGCCCGUCAAUCCAGACCACGCGCCUCCGGCUACCCAAGACACUUUGAAAGCAAAGCAGCAAGACACGGGCUUGAGACAUCGCGAUAUAUUAGCGACAAAUCGACUGACCCACACAAGUGAUCCUCGCGCCGUCCAGCAAAGCGCUGCUUCUCUGUCCGACAACAGCGGCAGUUCGACCACGGAUUCCCUCUUUCCUAGUCCCUCCAACCGAUCUACUGCGGCCACUUCGUUGAACGCUGAUGUUCCCUCCACCGCUACGUGCAUACCUUCUAUCGACGACCAGAUCGCGCAGGUGACAACUCUCUGGCAGAAAGAGCUUGAAGAGGGCCAAAAGGGUUAUGUCAUUUCCGCAAAAUGGUUUCAGAAAGUCCAAGCUCGUGGUUCUCUGUCUGCCGACGUGGGGAAGAUUGAAAAAUCUGCAACUGAAGGAGAAAUUGGACCUGUUGACAACUCGGACAUUGCUAUGGUGAUUGACGAGGAUGUGAAGUUGACGGACGAGGCUGGCGAAAAAUAUGUGCCCCUCCGACUGGGUCUGACGCUGGAUGAAGACUACCGAGUUUUCCCUCAGGCAGCCUGGGACCUGAUCAUCUCGUGGUACGGGCUCGCAAAGGAUUCUCCUGUCAUUACGAGAUACGCCCACGACUGGAGCGGUGCAGACGCAGCAAUGCCGAACGUUACGUGGGAAUUAAAUCCCCCGCUCUUUUCCUUCCUCAAGGUGCCUAGUGAGCACACUACCCAGACCCAACGUGAGAAGGAUCUCCCGCCUCAACGGAUGAUUGCGAGCAAGAAGACCUUGUGCAAUGACUGGCUGAAAGAAGGCAAGAAACUUCUGCAUAUUGACAUGAACACAAAGGUCAGAGUGUGGAGAAUUCUCGGCGGCAUGAAAAAUGCCACUGCUUCGGGCGGCCUCACUCCAUCCGCUUCUAGAAGUGCCUCUCCGGCUCCCGGCACUGAAAUUGUGGCCACCGCAGGUGACAGGAUGCUUCUUGACGUCAACACCUUCAUCCACCUUCAAGUAGGCGAGCACCGUGAGCUCCUUACCGAGAUCAAGGACAACACUGCGAACCCUAAUUACAACGGGAAGACGUCAACAUUAAGCCUUGUCGGUCUGGGCAGGAACGAGGAAGUGAUUGUUCUCGAGGAACAAAAGGCUGGGAAGGAUGAAUGGCCAAGUGAAAGCUCCAAGCUCAGCCUGAGCAGAGGCAUCAAGGGCGCGGCUAAGAACCUCACGCCAAGUGGCAGAUCCAGUCCAGCUCCUGGCAUGAUGACGCGCGGACGGCAGAAACGAGACGGAAGACCACGCGGCAUCACUGGGUUGAGCAAUUUGGGAAAUACCUGUUACAUGAAUUCGGCCCUACAAUGCAUUCGCAGCGUUGAGGAGUUAACACAAUACUUCCUGCAUGACCAGUGGAAGCAAGACCUUAAUGUGGAUAAUCCUCUUGGUCACCAUGGCGAGAUCGCAAAAGCAUACGCCAAUCUCCUUCACCAGAUUUACGAGGAGAACGCCUCUUCGACGAACCCUAGCAGGUUCAAGGCCACUAUUGGAAAGUAUGGGUCCAGUUUCUCUGGGUAUCAACAACAAGACUCCCAAGAGUUUCUGCUGUUCCUCCUUGACGGCCUCCAGGAAGAUUUGAACCGCAUUCACAAGAAACCGUACAUUGAAAAGCCUGAUUCCACAGAUGAAAUGGUCCAUGAUUCGGCGGCUCUUCAAGCUUUUGCUCACAAGAACUGGGAGAUUUACAAGGCGCGAAAUGACUCUGUCAUCACAGAUCUCUUUGCCGGAAUGUACAAAUCGACCCUGACUUGCCCAGUCUGCAACAAGGUCAGCAUCAUCUUCGAUCCUUUCAACAACCUCACCUUGCAACUACCCAUUGAGAACAAUUGGCAGAAGGAGAUCCUGUACUUCCCGCUCCACAAGCGACCCAUUCGAAUCGACAUAGACAUCGACAAACAUUCCACCAUCAAAGCUUUGAAGGAAUUUGUUGCCUCAAGGACGCAUGCCGACGUGGAACGACUACUCGUUGCCGAAUCUUACAAGAACAAGAUUUAUAAAAUAUUUGACAACAAUAUUGUCAUCUCCGAAGCCAACAUUCAACCUAACGACAUCAUCUGCAUGUACGAACUGGAAUCCACCCCAACCAACUAUAAUCCAAACAAGGCGCGGAAGUUCAGUCUGUACAUGGUCAAAAAUGAUGCCGAUGACGACUUGGUCGAUGCAGACAGCCCGGAAGCCGACCGUGUGCUUGUGCCAAUGUACAACCGGCUCGUCAAAAAUUCCGGUCGGGUAUCCUCAAAACCGUUCUUCGGUCAGCCCAUGUACCUCGUGCUUAGCCGCGAAGACAGAUCUACCUAUGAUGGUGUUCUAAAGAAAAUCCUUGGAAAUGUCAUGGGCAUGACAACCAAAAGAAUACUUGAUGAAGAAUACAGCCCAUCGGACGACGGAAUGGGGACACCGGAAGGAUCCGACACCAUGGUCAUGACAGACGACAUGUCCAGUUCAGGCUCAGGCCUUCCCACCGCCACCUCUAUUCAGGGCGAGGAUGGCCUUGUGGAUGUGUCUAUGAGAGAUGCUAGUCAAGCCCCGGAGCUGAGGCCUCAGUCUGCGGGGUCUGGCUUGCAAAAGCUGCUUCAAUCCAACUCGCAGGUCCCUCGCCGCUUCCAACAACUUUUCGACGUUCAGGUCACUUCCACCGGGGAGGGCAUUCCCACCGGCUGGAAUCAGAUCUCGGAGAGUGGAGAAUACGAGUCUAUCAGAAACCGAAUCCCCAAACCAGUGGCUCGUUCCAUGAGGUCGGGUGGAGGCCUUGGUCUUGCGAACGGCGAGAGCGGCUCUGCAGAAAGUGACGAUGAGCUUGCGGACGUGGAGAAUGACGAUACACCUAUGGACAGCAACGAGUCUGGGUCGGAAGCCAGUCCGGUCUUCCCGUCUGGCCCUGACUCCGAGUCCGAGUUCCAAGAACCACAAGAAAUCCUGCCCAGCCGGAACAAGAAAGCGCUCAAAUUCGGCAAGAAUAAAAAUAGGGGCAAGUUUUCCGGCAGACGCACUCACCGUCGGUCGCCUCUACCGCCGCCACAACCUUUAUCCAAAGUCCAGGACGGAGAUCUUAUCCGACCAGGUGAAGCCAUCAUUCUUGACUGGAGCCAAGAGGGUUACGAUGCAUUGUUUGGCGGCAGUGAGGACGGCAGCGAGAACUUUCGUGGCCUUCCAACAUGGAAGAGCGUCGGGCUCCUUCCUGACCAGGAGAUUGCCGCCAAACGUGAGCAGCGAAAUAAUCGCAAGAAGAAUGGCAUCACGCUGGUAGAUUGUCUGAACGAAUUUGGCAAAUCCGAAACUCUGUCCGAACAGAACGCUUGGUACUGUCCUCGCUGCAAAGAGCACCGCCGAGCCGACAAAAUGUUCGAGCUAUGGAAAGCACCUGAUAUCCUUGUCAUGCACCUCAAGCGCUUCAGUUCUAACAGAAAUUUCCGCGACAAACUUGAAGUGAGAGUCGACUACCCCACGGAAGGGCUCGAUCUUUCAGAGAUGGUGAGGGAUCAGCAAGAUGGCAAGAGCUUGAUCUAUGACUUGAUCGCUGUCGAUAAUCAUUACGGCGGCUUGGGGGGCGGUCAUUACACGGCGUAUGCAAAGAACUUUUACAACAACAGCUGGUAUGAAUACAAUGACUCCCAUGUCUCGUCAAAAACGGAUCCGAGCUCGGUCGUGACCAGUGCAGCAUAUCUCUUGUUCUAUCGUAGACGGGCAGAAAACCCUUUAGGUGGACCCAAGCUUCAGGAAAUGCUCCAAGAAUCCAAUACCAACGGCAACGAUGCCGCAGCCGACUCUGAAUUGCCGCAAGACUCGCGUGACUCUUCUCCGAUGACGGGGGAAGGUCGGCGUCUCGGCGACUCCUCCCACAAUGGGUCGUCGAGCGCUUUUCCAGUCGGUCACGGUCACCGCGUGGGAGUGGGACCGGGUGGCUCGGCGCCGGGAGAAGGAAGUCGGCAGACUCGAGGUCUGUUAGCCGGAACAGAAAGUCCACCGAGCUUGAUGCUGCCAACAGCAGCCAGUAGUGGUGGCGAACACGAACAGCCUCCUGGAUAUGACGAUGCUCCGGCCGACAUCGACGUCGACGAAGGGGUCAGCAUGGAUUUCCAGUGGUCAGAGCAGGCGUGGGGUUUCGGACGUUUGGAGACCUCGACGCAGCGAGCGCCAGCCAAUUCCGAAGAGGAGGGGAUGUUUGGUGACAAGGGCAGUUCCAAUGAUAGUACGCGUGUUGAAGGGAAUGACUGCAGCCCCGCUCCGAGUUUCACGGAUAUCGACGAUGAGGGUUCGAUCCAUCACGAUCCCAACGACCAUGACAUUGCUCUAUACAGCAGUGACGCUGGGCCCAUCAUGCACCAUGAAGACUUCGGACACGGCCGCGGCGCGAGAGAGAGUGCCCCUCCUCCUGACGAGAUCGCUGCAGGAAUUGGAAUGUCUGGGCGUGGCAUGUCAAUACCAGUGAACAUGAGUGUGCAUGAUGACAACGAUGAUGUCGACGAUCCGCCGAUCAUGGAAUUGCAGGCAGAUCCGGCGAAUAAUAACGAGUUGAGGUUCAAUCCUGCACCUUAA